AUUCAACCUGAAGGAGAUGUCCUGAUAGCACUGAAAAUGUUCUCUCCGGAAAGAGACAGGGAGGACAAAGAAACGUUGACUCACCAUGCCAAGCUUCCAAACAGAACUAAAAUGGACAGGGCACGGCUUGCUGGCCCCUCCAGUCCUGCCAAAGCUGUGGGACCCAGGUGUGAGACAGCAGGUCUUCUCCCACCAGUGUCUCGGUCCAGACCCCCAUUAACUGGCCUCCUAGAAACAACAACAUUAGGUCUGGCUCCUCUAUCACCACCUGUGUCUAUGCUGGAGCUUCCCCGAGUGCUGUGUGAAGUUGGAGCUGAGAUGGCUUCUAGUGAACCAGUGUGGACAGAGGGCCCUUUCGCAAUGUCAUCAGUGCUGGGUGCAGAUAUCCCUGUCAAGGCAGAGCGGCCACUGUCUAAAGAGCCAGCAGUGGACAGCCCUAUCACAGCACAAGAAUGGUUGAAACAGACCUUUGCUUCCCUGAACACUGUUGUCGAGGAAGGAGUUCAGUGUAAGGUCAGUGAUCAAGACAUGGAGGGGAAAGCCCCAAAGGCGAGCAAGGCCAAAGCUAGACCCCUCACUGGUUUCGAAGUGGUGGAAAUCCUCGCAAAACAGCGGCAUCUUGGAAAGAUGCAGUUCUACCACUUGCAUACGGUGGAAGAUGUGCAAAUUAGACCGUAUGAUUUACGAGUGGUCCCCAGUAACAAGGUUGGCACAGAUUACCACAUCUUCUCGCCAUACGCCGUGGUACACAUUCAAGACGGCAUCAGCACAUCAGUGCAGAGCCUGGCCGAGUGGUACAGAGACGCCGUGACCUGGCGCAGCCUGAAAGACAUUCCACUCUUCAGAAACUUCAUACUACACAAGGCAUUUACCAGGUGGCGGAGGAAUGUCCGUCGCGCCAUCCUCCAGCACCGCUCGAACCUGCUGCAGGAACAGCUGCCUCUGGCUGAGCCACAGUUCAGAGACGCCCUCCUCCAGAUGUCAAGAUGA